UGUCGCGAUAUUUUGAAUUUUGUCGCUUUGGGGCCGCCAUUUUUGGGCAUUUACUCUUAUGGUGGGUUGGCGCUUCACGGAUGUAUUUAAUAGUCAUGGUUUUAUCGUCCUCGCAGCGUUUCUAGCUGUAUUUCACCGUAUAAACGUCCAAACCUGGUGAAGGCUAUGCCCUUCAGAAGACCUUCGAAGGUCAUUUCAGAAGGUCGCCUGGGUUGAUGUCCUUGUGGCUGAAAGUUAUGCAUAGAAAUAGCUUGCUUACUCAUUUAUGUGGUCUUCUUGCUUGCUUUGUUUGAUGGGAUGCUUCUUGACUUAUUUUCUAUUUCCAGGAGUUGGAUGAAACAAUGGCAACACCUGAAGUCACAAGUCCUUCAGACAUUCAAGACGAUCUGAAAGAUGAAAAUCUGAAAGCUACUGUGGCUUUAGACAAACUGAUUAUGGGAGUAACCCCAAAGUCAGUAGUCCCGGUUUCAGCCAGCGAUGACCAGGUGCCUUCUACUACCUACGUUACAAUUCAUCUCCCCGAUGGGACGCAGGGAUCAACUCUGAGUCAACAGAAGUUACAGGAACUUAUAAUGCACUUAUCUCAGUCUGGUCAAAUACAGCUACGAGAAGACAGCAAAAUAGUUAUCGAUCUCAAAUUCACCGGUAAGUCAGGUGGUCAAACCGUCCAACCGAAACUGGAAAACCCACUACAACAGUCUUCUGUAUCCAAUUGUACUCCACAAAUACAGACCAUGGCUUCAAGUAACCCUCACCGUGUGUUGCACGUUGGUAGCCCGGGUUCUGAUGGAAUUCAAAUUGUGCGUACUAUGCCUUCUUUUGUCAGCUCUAGUACUCAGAUAAUUUCAUUUCCGACAGUUGCAACACAACAAACAGUAGCCACUCAUUCCAGUAAUCCUAGACAGCAUAUUCAACAGCAGCCUACAUACAUACUUGUUCCAGCAGCCCAACUAGCAAGUGGUACAGAAAAUCACGUGUAUGCAAGCACACCUAUACGUGGUGUUACAACAGGUUCAACAGAUCGCAGCAUUAUUCUACUCCAACAACCAGUCGGUGGAACCGGUAUUCACCUUGGCUCAACAAACACAAUUGUUUCUGGUUCAGGCGGAGCAGGCGGUGGAACCACUUUGGUCCCUUUACGACCAUUAAACGUUUCUGGAGGCGGAAAUGGUUUAGUAACCAGUGGUGGUACAACUCUAGUCAGUACGGGUUCAAAUCGUCUAAUUGGUUCUAAUGUUGGCGUUGAUUUAUUUUCAAAUAAUAACUCCGUGGGGUCACGGUCAUCACAAAGUCAGUCUAGUUCAGUCGGUCUGGUCACAAUCUCCGCGAAUGCAGCUGCGUCUGGGUCCUCAUCAUCUGGAACUCCUCAGCGUGAAUCAACCUGGCAGCAGUAUGUUAAACAGUUUACUAAACUUGGCCCCUGUCCAAUUUGUGGUGAUAAAAUCUCCGGUUAUCAUUAUGGUAUAUUCUGUUGUGAAUCCUGUAAAGGCUUUUUCAAGCGUACUGUUCAAAAUGCCAAAAGAUAUGCUUGUCAUCGUCCUAAUGCAGCUUCACGAUGUGAUAUAAAUAUAAAUACACGCAAAAAAUGCCCUGCUUGUCGUUUCCUAAAAUGCGUUGAUAAAGGAAUGCGUAUCGAAGCUAUCCGCUCAGAUCGAACUCGUGGAGGACGUAGUAUGUAUCCUGGUUCGCGUUAUUUACGUCAAAUUGCAGCACGCGUUAGUGGUACUCGUUCCAAUUCUGGCCUAGGUAUAUCUAAUUCAUCUAUGGACUUUUCAGCUUCAGAUAUGGAUGGAAACAUGCUAGGUGGGCUAGCAGAUCAAAGUUUAAUGUCAGAUGAUGGAGAUCAACUCUCAUGUUCUGUUGUUGGCUUAGCUGCGCAUAAUCUAGGUCCUGAUGGUUUACCAGCCUCGGAGGAUGCUGGUGGCGGUGUAUAUCUAGAUCCUGGUGUUCUUGGUACACAUGAUAAUGAUGAUGAAGAAAUAGACUCUGGAAGUUUACGUGUUGAACCGAGUAUAUUAGAAUGUGGUAAUGGGAUUGUCGGUGGUGCAAAUAUUUCAUCAUCUGUUGUUUCACCAUAUAGACAGGUAAUUGUAGGCGGGUCGAAUGAAUCAAUACCACGAGUGAGAGAACAACUCCCAAAGAUUAUUCGUGAUAUCCUCUUAGUAGAGGAGACUAUAGAAGCGGAACCAGAGGAUGCGUUGGAAAUCGACGCUUCAGUUGGAUCAGACACUCCAAUACCUGAAGGUGUUUCAGAGGAUGAAGCUGCUGUUUAUCGUGCCCUAUUAAAUUUAGCAGAUCAACGUUUGUAUAGAACUGUACGUUGGUCUAGAGCUCUUCCAGAUUUCUCCCUACUUGAUACCGAUGAUCAGAUACUUUUAAUUCAAAAUUGUUGGGCAGAUUUACUAUGUCUUGAUUGUUGCUGGCGUUCAUUACCUACUCCCACGGAAAUUCGUCUUACAUCAAGUAAAUGUAUCAAUCUUGAGGCAGCACGUGAAAUGGGUGCAGAAGAAAUAGUCGAAAGAAUUUUACAACUAACACAAUCCUUAACAAGAUUACAAUUGGAUGUUGUAGAAUAUGCUUGUUUGAAAGUUAUUGUUCUUAUGCAAGCCGAUUUGAGUAAUUUGAAAGCCAGUGCUCAAGUACGAUCUUAUCAAGAAUGUGUACGUGAACUAUUAAUGGAUUAUGUUGCAAAAUCAUCACCUGAUAUAAAUGAUAAAUUCAAUAAACUGAUUAAUCGUAUCCCUGAGUUACACAAAACAAGUCAAGCUGCUCGUUCAAUGCUUGCUGACUUAGACCUGUCCGCUUAUCUAUCAAGUAAUUCACUGUUAAUGGAACUUUUACGCAGUGAUAUACAACGGUAUACACCGAAUCAUGGAAAUGGUAAUGAUAACAAUAAUAAUAAUAAUUCGUCCGAUUCACCAACUACGACUACUGCAGCCAGCUUACAAGGAUCAACUACAAAUCUGUCUGGAAAGACAGUUUCAGUCACUUUAGGAUCUGAUUCAACCGAAGAUGAUCGAAAAGAUCCCAGCUUGAUUCAAUCACCUGUUGUCAGUGAUUUAUUAUCCAUGCCUAACACUACUACUAAUAAUAAUAAUACUUUUAUGAAUAAUAACACUAAUAGUAAUAAUAAUGUGACAACAAUAACAGAGAGUAGACUUAGUGAGACAAUCAAUAAUUGUUCUAAAUAGAUCACUUUUUAUACACAUAUAUAUAUAGACACAUACCUACAUAUAUUAUAUACAUAUUACUAUUAUUAUCAUUAUCAUUGUCAUUAUAACUAUUAUUGUACUUGGGUGCAUAUUGUGUAUGUGUUUUCUAUUGCUGCGCCACAUCUGUAUAAAUAUAACAUUUAAUACUACUCCGCCUUUGAGUAGUACCAUUACACCAGCAGCAGCAGCGACAACAACAACAAUCCGAACUCCAACAGCAAUAGAACUUACUGUGGUGUGAGUUCGAGAACUAUCAUAAACUGUCCUUAUUAUUAUUGUUAUUUUUCAUGUAAAUACUCUUCUCAUUUUUAAGAAAAUAUUAUAUGAUACUUGCAAAAUAGAUGGAAAUUACUGAUAUAUAUAUAUAUAUAUAUAUAUAUAUAUAUAUGGACAUUAUAGUUUUCCUGUUCAAAGGCUUAUCAACUAAUAUUUUCUUCUCAUUCCCUCCCCUUUUUUUAAUUUCUUUUGAAUGUCAUACAUAAAUGUAUCUAUUUAUGUACAUCUAAGCGUAUUUCAUAUCUAUGUGUGUGUGUGUGUAUGUAUAACAACAAAGAUUGUUUUUUAUUUCUUAUUUGUUUAUUUCUAAAAUGAAAUGAAGCAAAUAUUAUCACUUUCAUACUUUUAUUGUACUCACUCACUCCCGGUUAUGUAUGUAUUUGUCUCUAUCUAUCUAUCUAUCUCCUUUUGCCUCUCUCUAUAGAUGUAUGGAAGGUGUGUUGUACAUAUUGUACUGCUACUACUAAUGGUCAUUUAAGUAGUUUAGCUAAUGUUGUCUUCAUUUUAUUUUUCUUAUUAUUUAUUUCUUUUUUUAUUUAUUUAUUUCUAUAUGUAUAUCGUUUAGAAAAUAAUACGCCAACAAUCAUCAAUCUCAUUUCUCUUCUUUUAGUACUUACUCACUAAUAUUUUCGCACUGUCUGCCUCUGUCACAUACACAUAUAGACUCAUACAUAGAGACAAAGUCACAGUUAAAUCUAUAUAUAUACUCUUAUUGUAUGUUGUUUUAGACAACAGUUUAUGUAAUAUACUGAAGAAAGCCAACCAACAAACAAACAGACAGAUGGAGUGUUGUCAUAAGUUUGUUAUUGUUGGUGGUGCUGUUUCUCAUCUGAAAUGCCAAUAGGAGGGGGGAGAAGCAGCAACAGAUUGAUUAGUUUUUCUUUUCUUUCUUUCUGUGUGUUUUCAUUCUCUCUUUUUUUUCUUUCUUUAUUUCUUUUGAUACCUUUACAUUAGAAAUUUGUUGGUAUUUUUUACUGGAAAGAUUAUUUAACUAUAUUAUUAUUAUUACUAUUAUCACUAAAUGCAUGUCUCAUUUAUUAUUAAUACUAUUAUUAUUAUUAUUGUUAUUUUGAUUAUUAUGUCUGCUGUGGUUUCUCCUUAUUGCGGGGGAGUGGUGCAGGUAUAAACAGGAGUGUGGGGGGAUUUUCGUGUAUUGGGAGUUGAUCAUCUUGUGGGUUGAAUGUCACCAUAUGCAUGUAUGGUAUGUGUGGACUUAUGAUGCU